UGGUACCAGCCAGACACACAGUGGUCAAAAUCCUGUUGUUUCCCGUUGUAUUCUUCGGCCUUAUGGCUUCUCUGGUGAUGCUAGGAAUCACCGACGUGGCAGUCCUAAGAUCAGCAUCCCAGACAGCAGAAGCAUCCUUCGCUCCUCCUCUACGAUGGGAGGCGAAGGAGGAGGAGCUCUUGGAAGGUGCGAAGGAUCGAGUAAAACGUCCUUUUCUCUUCCCCGGUUAUAGGAAAUUCGUUGAGUACGCCGAAACUCCGCAGUUACACUGUCCCGAAAAGAGGUACUUCGGGGGGAUGGAAAACAGCGAAAAGAUCGUCGACGGGGACAAGGCUGUUUGUUUAUCCUCCCUUUACAACAUCACGCCCGGGAACUGUCUCGUGUAUUCCUUCGGCAUCGCAGGGGACUGGAGUUUCGAUGAUGCUAUGGCCGAGUAUGGCUGCCAGGUGUACUCUUUCGACCCGACCAUCGGCCUCGAGGAUCACCAGCGCUCCGAGAGGGUCCACUUCUACAACGUCGGCCUCGGGGGAGCGAACCGCACUUCUCUGAUCGACGGGGUCAACGCCACGAUCCUCACCUUGGGCCAAAUCAUCGAUAAGUUGGGUCAUACGAAUAAGACGAUAGACUACCUUAAAAUGGAUAUCGAGGCGUACGAAAUCCUCGCCUUUACGCAGCUGGCGAACGAGCAGUACAGAUUAAGUUUUGUGAAGCAGGUGAGCUUAGAAAUACAUCCCACGAAACAAUACCACGAAGAAAUAUACACAAUAAUGACCAUGUUAGAUUAUCUUGGUUUCGCCUCCUUUGACGCCCGGAGAAAUAUGCACCAGGAGCUAUGGUACACUCACCCGCGCUUACAGAACCUCACCUUAUCCUGCUGCUACGAAAUAGCAUGGGCUCAGGUGGACAGGAAGACGUGGUGAUCAGCGCGUGCGUGAGAUUUGUGUGCGUUUUUGUUUUCUGUGUGUGUUUUG